GAUCACCACAUGCGACACUGAUACCAAAAAGAGCUCGAUACAGCAGUACACGAAUUCUCCCCAAUUGAAGGACCCAUUACUCUCAAAUAAAUAAAAGAAUAAAAACCGUCACAAUGGGGAAACUCCCCACUCCCACCACCGCCAGCCUCCUCUCCUCUCCCCUCCGCCCAUCAUCCACAGUCUCAACCUUCUCCGCGCACAGCAGCUGUCUCCGCGCACAGCAAACUCGACACGCAACCUUCAUCCCCCGACCCCGACGGCCCUAUACCUUUACGCAGCUCAUCCAGCUCUCCGACGGAUCCACCUACACCGCCCGAACCACCUCCCCGCUGCCGCUCUACCGUGCGGCAAAGGACACGCGCAACACGCUCCUGUGGCAGCCCAGCGAGAAGAGCCUGCGGAACGUCGAGCUCGACGAGGCCGGCAAGCUGGCUGCCUUUAGAGAACGAUUCGGAAGGGCGUACGAUGCUGCGGCGCAGGCUGUAGAGGGCGAGGCGAAGGGCGAUGAGGCUGCUUUGGCUGCGGCCAAGGCGGCGGAGGAACAGGCUGCGGCAAAGGCUGCUGAGGAGGGUGCUGGAUUGAACUUUGAGGAUUUGUUGGCGGAAUACUCGCCGCAGGAUACGAGCGCGUUGAAAGAUUCAGGUCCGAAGAAGUCUCCCACACGGAGAAAGUAAUAAAUGGGGUUAUGAUAUGAAAGAACAGAAGGAAUGUAUUAUAUACUUUGUACGAACGAAAGAUGGAAAAGGCUAGGCGCAGACAACGUCACAAAAAUGGAGAGACAUGGAAAGACGAUAGACGGGAGGAGAGAAACCGCAUUGGAUUAGAGAAUCGACUCUGUUCAAAUAUGUACAGCACUUUGAGCCUGGCGGCCCGCCAUGAUAUAACAAAAAAAAAAGGGAUUCAUCUCCGAACUUCGAAACGAAUAUGAAUAGUGGCGCACUUCCGCUGUCUCCCUCCCGCUUAUUGACCAUUUAGCUUAUAACUGUAGUAUACUCGUGGAGAUAGACUACUACAACAUCAAAUUCUCUCCUAGUCUGAAUCCUCAUCUAUAGUAGCCCGGGCACGAUCGAUAGCGGUGUUACCGGGAGGUUUCGUCUGGUAGACGGGCGGCCUAUAGAAAGCAGAUUCAUCGUCUUGAGCAUCCAGUUGCAUGAGGAAUGUCUCCCACUUUUCAAUCAAUUCCUUCUGUGCUUCAACCGCACCUUCGAGGAAGGUCUCGACACCGCUCUUGAAAUCCUCCACCUUUUCCUUCUCGAACCGGUCCAGCUCAGCUCUCAUGGAGCGGCCCAUGUCUUCAAAGAGCAGCCGAGCUUGAUGGACUUUUCUCUCCGACUCCUGCACCUCGGCGUUCAUCUGGUUGAGUCGGUCCUGCUGACUCUUACCCUGACGAAGCAGCUUGUCUUGUGUACUCUUCUUUUUCUGGAACUCCGACUCGGCUGAAUGCCAGGCGUAGAAGCCCUUUUGACGCUGGCUGAAUGCCUGCUUGAUUGACCCAAUCAGACGAAUGUAUUCAUCAAUGAUAAUUCCAAAAGUCAAGACG